AUGGACCAAUCGGAACAUGAAGCUUAAGAAAUGCUAAAACCAUAUUUGACAUAAUUGGCUUAAUUAGAGGAAGCUGAUAGAUUGAAGCAAGCUCAAAUAACUGCGUUACGUUUAGCAAUUGAAUAAUUGAAAUAAUAGGCAUUAGAUCAUCAAAAGAAAUAUGAAGAAGAGCAAAAGAAAGAUGGUAAUCGAAUGACUAAUUAAUAUAUUUAGCAAAAAAGAAGGGACCUGUCAAGAAAUGA